AUGCGUUUCUCGGUCUGCACCGCUCUCACCCUCGCGGCCGGCGCUCUCGCGACCAAGGAAAAGGUCACCGUUUCCAAGCUUUCCAUCCACAGCGUUGGAAGCCCCGUCGGUACCUCCAUUAAGAGUGUCUCUUUCGUUCUCAACGGAGAUGAUGCCGACAACAUCAAGUGCUCCGCCAAGAACGUUGCCUUCCCCGAACCCGACGAUAUCUUGUCAUGUGGCGACUCCAACUAUGCCUUCACCCUUUGGAAGGGCGAGAAGGGCGCCAAGUUCCGCGUCAUGGUCUACCAUGACGUUGGAGACAGCCGCGCCGACCUUCGAGGUGGUGCCGAUAUUCGCACCAAGUGCGACAACAGCCAGGGCAGCGGCCCAGCUGACGAAAUCUGCACUCAGGUCAAGCCUGUGAGCUUCACCAUUGAUGGACCCGUCGGUAGCAGCCCUGGCAACUAA